AUAACAUGAUCCCCAUCUUUCUGAGCGGACUCAUAACGCGACAGAUGGUUUCACUACGCUUUCCCCUUCUGUUCUGACCGAAACUGCUGUUGUUUAAGAAAAAAAUCUUGUUGCUGGUUUUGGGUUUUUUUGGAUGCGCCAUGCAAUCUCGUUGGUGGAGUUGUGGCAUUCGGUUGGUGACAUGGACAUGGAUUUGGAGCCUGGCAUUUCUUGGAGCGUGGUGCAUUCCCGCAAACGAAGUGAACCUGCUGGAUUCCCGCUCUGUGAUGGGAGACCUGGGAUGGGUGGCCUACCCUAAGAAUGGGUGGGAGGAGAUUGGGGAAGUAGACGAGAACUAUGCUCCCAUCCACACCUACCAAGUAUGCCGUGUGAUGGAGCAAAACCAGAACAACUGGCUCCACACCAACUGGAUCCUGACUGAGGGUGCCCAGCGGGUAUUUAUUGAGCUCAAGUUCACCCUGAGAGACUGCAACAGCCUGCCAGGGGGUGUCGGGACCUGCAAGGAGACUUUUAAUAUGUAUUACUAUGAAACAGAUGGGGACGAAGAAGAGAUGGAGGAAGGAGAGAUGAGAGAUGGUACCGGGAUGACAGAAGAGGAAGACAGGGCAAUGAAGGAGAGCAGGUACAUCAAAAUUGAUACCAUAGCAGCUGAUGAGAGCUUCACUGAGCUGGACCUUGGGGAUCGUGUGAUGAAGCUUAACACUGAAGUCCGCGAUUUAGGUCCUCUGACCCGGAAAGGCUUCUACUUGGCAUUUCAGGAUUUAGGGGCCUGCAUUGCUUUAGUCUCAGUGAGGGUUUUCUACAAACGCUGCCCAUUCUUGGUGAAGAGCUUGGCUGAGUUCCCUGACACAAUCCCAGGCUCAGAAGCCUCACAGCUGGUAGAGGUAGUGGGCCGCUGUGUCAAUAACUCCCUGCCUUUAUACGAGCCUCCCAGGAUGCAUUGCAGCACAGAGGGAGAGUGGCUGGUGCCCAUUGGGAAGUGUGUUUGCCAGCCGGGAUUUGAGGAAAUCAACGGAUCUUGUCAAGUCUGCAAAGUGGGGUUUUACCGCUCGCUGCUGGAGUCUUUGGCCUGUAGUAAAUGUCCACCUCACAGUGUGGCCAGACAGAUGGGAGCCACUGCUUGCAGCUGUGAAGACGGAUACUUUAAGCUAGACUCUGACCCUUCUAAUAUGGCGUGCACACGCCCUCCAUCUGCUCCUCGUAAUGCUAUUUCUAAUGUCAACGAGACCAGCGUCUUCUUGGAGUGGUCCAUUCCUAUGGAUACAGGUGGCAGGAAGGAUGUGCGAUAUAACGUCAUCUGUAGACAGGUCCUGCCAGACGGAAGGGGCUUGGAAGAGUGCGGUCCCAAUGUACGUUUUCUGCCACGCCGCACUGGCCUGUCGAACACCUCAGUGAUGGUGGCUGACCUGCAGUCACACACCAACUACAGCUUCUUAUUGGAAGCCGUCAACGGAGUGUCAGACCUAGCCAAAGGCCAUGCAAAGCAGUAUGUGUCACUUAAUGUGACAACCAAUCAGGCAGCACCGUCCCCUGUGAGUGUGGUGAGGAAAGGUCAUACAGGGAAGAGCAGCAUUGCCCUUUCUUGGGCAGAGCCUGAUCGUCCCAACGGCAUCAUCCUAGAGUAUGAGAUCAAGUAUUUUGAAAAGGAACAGGACUCCAGUUACACAAUAAUAAAAUCCAAGGAUACUGAAAUGGUGGUGGAAGGCCUGAAGCCCUCUUCAGCUUACAUCUUCCAGGUACGAGCCAGGACCUCAGCAGGCUAUGGUGCAUUUAGCCGGCGCUUUGAAUUCCAGACCAGCCCUUACUUAACUGCUACUAGUGAGCGUGCUCAAGCUUCGAUAGUAGCGGUGGCCAUCACACUGGCUCUGGUCCUGCUGGCAGUGGUUGCUGGAUUCCUGCUCAGUGGGCGGCGCUGUGGCUAUAGCAAAGCAAAGCAAGAUCCCGAAGAGGAAAAGAUGCACUUCCACAAUGGCCACAUAAAAUUUCCAGGGGUGCGUACUUAUAUCGAUCCCCUCACCUAUGAAGAUCCCAACCAGGCAGUGCAUGAAUUUGCCCAGGAGAUUGACGUUUCAUACAUCUCCAUUGAAAGGAUCAUUGGUGCUGGGGAAUUUGGUGAAGUGUGCAGUGGACCGCUGAGGCUGCCCGGGAAACGAGAGAUCCAGGUUGCCAUUAAGACCUUGAAAGCAGGCUACACAGAGCAGCAAAGACGUGACUUUCUUUGGGAGGCGUCAAUCAUGGGCCAGUUUAACCACCCAAACAUCAUCCGUCUGGAGGGUGUGGUUACUAAGAGCAAGCCGGUGAUGAUCAUCACAGAAUACAUGGAGAAUGGCUCAUUGGACACUUUUCUCAAGAAAAAUGAUGGCCAGUUUACUGUAAUCCAGCUGGUUGGUAUGCUGCGUGGGAUUGCAUCUGGCAUGAGAUACCUGUCUGACAUGGGCUAUGUCCACCGUGAUCUAGCGGCUCGUAACAUCCUGGUCAACAGUAACCUUGUGUGUAAAGUGUCUGAUUUUGGUCUAUCCCGAGUCCUGGAAGAUGAUCCGGAGGCUGCAUAUACCACGCGGGGCGGAAAGAUUCCCAUUCGCUGGACGGCUCCAGAAGCAAUUGCAUACAGGAAGUUCACCUCGGCUAGCGAUGUGUGGAGUUAUGGGAUUGUCAUGUGGGAAGUGAUGUCAUACGGAGAGAGGCCCUACUGGGAGAUGUCCAAUCAAGACGUAAUAAAAGCAGUGGAGGAAAGCUAUAGGUUGCCAGGUCCUAUGGACUGUCCUGAGGCCCUGUACCAUCUUAUGAUGGACUGCUGGCAGCGAGAACGCAGCAACCGUCCCAAGUUUGAUGAGAUUGUUUGCCUGCUAGACAAAUUCAUCCGGAACCCCAGCUCGUUAAAAAAGCUUGUCAACUCCUCACACAGAGUUUCCAACCUGUUAGUGGAGCAUGCCAGCGUAGAAGGGAACUGUAGCACUCAAAGCCAGACUGUAGGAGAGUGGCUUGACUCCAUCAAGAUGGGACGUUACACUGAACUGUUUAUGGAAGGAGGUUACUCUUCACUGGAAACAGUGGCUCAGAUGACAUCAGAGGAUUUGCGAAGAGUAGGCGUGAACUUGGCUGGACACCAGAAAAAAAUUAUUACUAGCAUUCAGGAGAUGAGGGUCCAUAUGAACAGCACCAACUCUACUGUAAACAUAUGAUGUGAAAUACAAACAUACAGACACAUGCACACUCGUACACUCGCACACAAACACAGAAAAACAAUAUAUGGACCUACUAUGUACUGGACCUAGAGUGGCUUAGCACUUUCUGUGGACGAGGAUACCCAGUGUUCUACCGAUCUAAACUGGAGGAUCCACAUGUUGUUGGUUCCUGUGUGUGGAGUUUGCGUUGGUGUCAUUGGGAAUAUUGGAUAUUGCAGCACUAAAACCAAACUGAACUGGACUGAGUGGUGCUACUUGGAGGGAUGAUGAUGGUGAGCUCAAUAUGAACUUAAGUAAUGGUUUUACUUUAAUUAUUCAAUUAUAUGACUCUGGGGAUCCUCUUGGCACUGUUUUGGAUACCUAAAUCACAGACAGCAGAUCUAACUCUGAGAGCAACCAUAAAGUUUUUGGCUGUAUCACAGAUGUGAGUUUAUACACUGGGCUCGAAGGGAACCUUUUCAACCUGUCUCAGGUGAGCUGAGCCCCGUGGAACAAAAAAAGUACUUGCUGAUUCUUUGGCAACUUUCUCCAUCGAGAUUACCGUUCCAUCAGGUUUCACUGAAUUAAUUUCCAUAUAUUGAACCAUUAUCAUUAUUUAAAUUAAUGUCAAUAUUUGCUUUGACAUGCUGAUGUGCUUGUGGUUUUGAUUUUUACCCAUUUCUACCACAUCUUCAUGUGCAAAACUGAAGCUAAAAUCUAUUUUAAUCAUCCAUAUUCAUAUUCACUGUCAUUUACUUAAUUAUCUUCCAAAGCAAUGAAAGACAAGAAUAGAUACUUGACCUUUGCUGUUUUAAAAUACUAGAUCUUAAGAAUGGUUCUUACAGAGCCUAAAAAAGAGAAGUGAAAACAAACAAAUAAAGACAUGAAGAUUUACACUUAAAUAUACUCUCUACAGCUGUUCUUCUGGAUGAAUGUAUAGCACUGCUACAAUGUGGCAAUAAAACCAUUCUAGUCCUUAAAACCAGCUUCUGAAUGAGGCCACUGAUUGUAUGUUAUUCAGCUGGCUUUGCUCUAUGUGUAAGACCUUUCACUUACAGUGAAGUUACGACAAAGCAAUGCAUAUUUUAAUUGUAAACUGUUCUAUUAGCUGAAAAAUUCACACAUAUUUUAGUGAAAUAUUCACUCAGAUUGCAGGCAAGCAGCACAUGGAACACUGAAAUCGCUUAAAAACCUUCACUUCAAAGUCUAGGAGAAGAUUUUGCUGAGAUUCAAAAGAAGCAUUUGCUUAUGAGUAAAUCUUUCAUCCAGAUUCCAAAUAACCUUAAGGUAGGAUCCACACUGGAACUGGACAUUUUUAAUUUGACAUCCAUUCAUCGAUCGCGCAUUUUCAAAUUAAACUCCACUUCAUGUUUAAAUGUGGUUCCAGUAGAAUACAACUGGAACAAACUGACACUCGUCAAAGGUUCAUUCAAUCCUGAUGGAACAUUUGUUCAUGUAAUAAUGGAACUGCCAUUCAGAUUCUCAUGGAAGGGAUCACAAAGAUUCCAACAAGACUGUUUACUGGUAUUCUAAUGGAACAUUUUCCUCAGAUUUUAAGGGAACUUCUACAAGGAUUUCAAUGCAGCCUUCUCUCAAGAGUGCACUCGGAUCUUCAUCAAGCCUUCACUUAGAACCAACAAACUUCAGGUACCGCAGAAACCCAUCAGCACUCUGUUCAGUUUACCAUGCCGCGGAGAAUCUCUCACACGCAUGUCUGCAACACCACAAUAAACCUCACUCUAACAGGACUGCUGAAAAUAAGGAGGCAAUAUUCAUCUACUUGAUAAUCGUUUAUUUAUUUCUACUUGUUUGAAAAAAGAGCAAAAGUUAUGUGGACAGUUUGUGUUUUAUAAUAAUACUCUCUCUUGGACUACUGAGCAGCUUUGCCUACAUGUCUUUCAUGUAUAUAAUGUAUUAUAUAUUUAAAGCAGGGAGCAUUGUUCUUCUGUCUGCUAUCAUGUGGACAAGUGGAUAUUGACCAGUCAUCUCAGAGUAGAACACAUUAGUAAAUAGUGACAGAUAUUCUGAAUCGGCAUUCCUGCUACAUAGACCUGGGCCGCUAUCGAGUGGGGGCAACCAGCACAACUGUCCCCAGAUAAGGGUCCCCAGAAGGGUAUGCAAAAGAGCAAAUAUUUAUCUUAUGUUGUUGGUGAUUAUGUUUCAUUUUACAUUUUUUUUGGUGCAAGACCUAGAAAUAUUUUUCAGUGGCCCUAAAUGAGAGCAGCAAGAAAAGCUUUGUUGACACUAGAAGUAGAUGAGAAUUAUGAACAGGGACUGAUGAAUUUCUGGUGUAUUGUAUGGUAUAAACAUAUACAAUGAUGUCAAUGAUCAAGCCCUUGCUUUACUUCUCUUUGGUAUGGUAUGUUAUACGUAGAUUGCUACUCAGUGCUUUAUUGCUAAAACUUGACCUUUUUUCACUGCAUUGUUCACCUAAAGAGAAGCUACGUUCUCACAUUAUAUCUGUGCUAACAUGCUUAUAUUUGUAUCAGUUAGUGUACUGCUAGUGUUGGGGUAUACAGAUGGAAAUGCAAUGAGAUUGUAGAA